ACAUGGCGGCUCACUGUUCAGUUGCGGUGUCUUUAUUUACGUUUCGUUUGUUAGCUUUUUUAAGACAAACAGAGGAUGUAAGAGCUUGUGUCCGAAACCUUUUUUGAGUAAAAGUUUAAUUCAAUUAUUAGUCGUUGUUUUUGUAACACGGCGCUGCUUUGUUUUAGUUAUUCGGGCACCGACUGUCAGAUUUCUCAUAUCAGUUUUGCUAGCCAGUCAAUCUGUUCGUCGGUGAAAGGCUGCGAUUGAUUGUCCCUUUGUAGUCGUGCUAACUCGGUAACGCAGCUAUAAACGUUGUACAAACACAGAGGGUAAGAGUCGCAAUGUUUAACCCCGUAAAKUCCUCUUACUUCAGAGUGAGUCCAGCCAUUGUCAACCGAGAACUCGGCAAGACUAAGAUGAGAUAGCAAGAGGGCACGUCGGAGUGCUAACACGCGUUUUGCUGCUUUAGUGAUAUAAACACAGAAAGAGAGAGAGAGAGAAAGAGGAAAACUCAGCUCAGAAUGUUUGGAAAUCUAUUUGAAGACGAGGAGAACGAAGGCUUCUCUUCUACCUCCUCCAAAGAAAGAACUCCCAAAGCGGGUGAUGAGCCACCUCCUCCCCGUGGAGCAAGCAACCUGUGCGGCAUYAAGAACCAGGGAGGGACGUGCUACCUGAAUUCUCUGCUCCAGACUCUGCUGUUCACCCCUGAGUUCAGAGAGGAGCUGUUCCGUUUGGGCCCAGAAGAAUUAGGAUGUCUAGAUGAYAAAGACAAACCAGGAGCAAAAGUCAGAGUGAUUCCCCUGGAGCUUCAGAGGCUGUUUGCCCGCCUGUUGCUGGUGGACCAGCAAAGCGCCUCCACCUCUGACCUCACUGACAGCUUUGGCUGGAACAGCAAUGAGAGGACAAAUCAACACGAUGUGCAGGAGCUGAACAGGAUCCUGUUCAGUGCUUUGGAGCACUCUCUUGUGGGCACCAGUGGCAGUACGUUUAUCCACCGCCUUUACCACGGCACCAUCGUCAACAGCAUCGUCUGCAAGGAGUGUGGAACCGUCAGCCAGAGACAGGAGGACUUCCUGGACCUGACAGUGUGUGUGUGUGGCGUGUCGAGUCUGGAGGAGGCUUUAUGGAACAUGUUUGUGGAGGAAGAGCUGUUUGAGGGCAAUAAUUUGUAUCACUGUGCUCAGUGUGACAGACUGGUCACUGCUGCCAAGUCUGCCAAGCUGAAGCAGCUGCCUCCAUUUAUGACAAUGUCAUUGCUGAGAUUCAGCUUUGACUUCACGAAAUUAGAGCGGUACAAAGAGACGGGACGCUAUAGUUUCCCCCUCACCAUCAAUAUAAGACCUUUUUGUGAACAGACCGAUGGAGAGGACUCUGAUUUCACCUACGAGUUGUUCUCCAUCAUUAUUCAUAAGGGAGGCUGCUACGGAGGCCAUUACCACGUUUACAUUCGAGACAUUGAUCAACUUGGCCAAUGGGAUCCACCGGAGGACGACUGCAAACCCAAAUCUCAGAAGAAAAUCAAGGAGGAGGUGAAGGAUUCCUGUGAACCAAAACUACAAGAAGAUGAUCCUUUGUCUGUUCUCACUGCAAUAAUUGCCCAGGAAUCAUUGAAGAGUGUUCUGGUGGAUCAGCUGGGUCAGAAACUCAUGGAUAAAAUUGGUUCAUCUUGGAGCAAAAAGUUCAGAAAACAGUAUGGACCCAUUGGAAAGUUCCUACAGUCCCACAGUGAUGUGUUCAUGCUGGUGUCAGACGGUACUCGAGUGGCGCUGAAGACAAACCCACCAGUGACUGAGACCUGCGCUCCAGCAGAACCAGCUACGAACUCUGAGGCUUCAAUAUUCCCUGACCUGGGAAGUUCAGAUCAGCAGCUAGACCACAACCUAAAGCCUUCAUCAACACCACAGCAGGGAAGCCACUGGUUUGACCUGAACGACUCUGCUGUGACCUCCAUYAGGGAGUCAGACAUAGAGAAGCAAUUCCAGGGCAAAGAGAGUGCCUACAUGCUGUUCUACAGGAAAACACAGCUGCACAG